AUGAAAUUGGGCGCACCGUACAUAUUGCACAUGUUGUGCAUACUGUGCACUUUAUGCAUCCUGUACCUAGUGGCUACUUCAAGCACAUUCGCUGAUGAGGAGGUGUAUGCAAAAGUGAAAUCCCUGGUGAAUGACGCGCAUGAAUGUUCGUUUGACGAUGUGCAGUUCAUAGACACGUAUAAUGAGAAAUUGUAUUGGAUAUGGACGAACAACCUUUUCAGGUAUUUAAGAGUCAAGUUGUAUUUGUAUGAAAGUGAUGCCAUUUACAAAAAUGUGAAGAGGAAAAAUGGUAACGCGCUCGGGGACCCAGGGGCGGAAGUCCUGCGGGAUGAUUUUUUUACCUACAAAGAGAGAGAGGAAUUUAUACGAAUUGCACGGAACAUCCUGUCCAAUGAGAAGUCCCUGGCCGGCAUGAUACAUGUAUAUACACCUAAAAAGGAAAUAAAAUUUUUCCAAGAAUUUUCGGAAAAUCAGUUAAUUGACCUGCUUAUAAAGGAAAGGAAAAAUUUAAUAAACGCAUUUAAGAAAUUUAAAUUGUUCCAAGAUUUUCGAGAUGUUUCCAAUUCAAAAUAUUAUUACCAAAGGCGCUUCUCACAGAGGGACGCUGAACAUAAGGUGCAUGAUAAUGCACGUAUCACACCGAAUGAAGAAAUAAUGCACGGUCAAAAUAAAAACCCACAGAUAAAACAUGAAAGAACAAAAAAUGUAAUAACUUUUAAUAUUGAGGAAAUACCGCGCAUGAUGGAAAUACCAUUCGACUUUUACGAUCGGAACAAGUGGAACAAAUAUUCUCACUCCAUGAAUGAUGAGGAGAAACAUGAACGUGUGUGA